CCAGCAGUUCUUCUUCUACUUCUCCAUAUGGUGGCAGCGAUUGGGGGAAAACUGGAUGGAUCCGGAAAGUGUGGGGCCUACGAGUGCCGCCUGAGCAAUCCGAUCUGCAGAUGCGAGUCCUUUUGCCAGGAGUUCAGCCAGCGGUGCUGGAAAUCGCCCACUGGAUGCCAUUGUGCAAGGGGUUAUGCCCGCGAUGAACGUGGCAACUGCAUUCCCCUCAUUUUGUGCCGCUGA